CACUUUGUACUUUUUUUUUUUUGUAUCACCUUCGUUCGUCGUCCACUACUCGAUUCUUUUUGCUACCCCCCAACAAAAUAUAAAUUGCAAUUGCAAAAAACUCAAUUGAAUUCAAUUUAUAUUUCCACACAUCAAAUGUGCACACAAUAAUUCCUUUGAAUUAUUCUAAAUUAAAAGUUCAAUGAGCCGUUAAAAACAAAGAUAUAAGCAAAAAGAACGAAUCAAAAAAUAUUCAAGCAAUGUGAUUCAACUCGAGCCCAAGGAAGAGGAGAGAAAUCAUUAGUUGAUAUAUCACAGACACGAAGAAAUUUUUUCACCAGCCUGCUCACAAUAUUCCAUAAGCAAAAUUGAUUUCAUUAACAAUUUUAUUGGUUAUAGUUAAGUUUGUUUUCAUUUAACAAAAUCCUCUUCAUGGCGCAAUUUACGUGGUAUAACAAACAAAAACACGCAAAAAUGCAAAAUGAAAAUAUUCGUCCAGGCAGUGAACAUAUACCGCUAUGUUCGGUAACUGAUGUUCAACUAAGAUUUCUCUGUCCCGAUGAUCUAGGAGAAGUAAGAACAUUGUGCCAAGAUUGGUUUCCAAUCGAUUAUCCACUAUCAUGGUACAUUGAUAUCACAUCUAGUUCGAGGUUUUUUGCAUUGGCUGCCGUUUAUAAUCUAGCCAUAAUAGGUUUAAUUGUAGCUGAAAUAAAACCUUAUGUUAAGCUAAAUAAGGAAUUAAUUUCGUUUCAGGAUAAAGAUAUCUUACCUGAUUCCAUGGGACGUAACGCUGAAGUUGGGUACAUUUUGUCAUUGGGUGUUCAUAGAAAACAUCGACGCAAUGGCAUUGGUUCUUUACUGUUGGAUUCUUUAUUACAUCAUCUAACAACAGACGAAAGGCAUCAAGUCAAGGCGAUAUUUUUGCAUGUUCUUACAACAAAUCAACCUGCCAUUCUAUUUUAUGAAAAACGAAGAUUUCAUCUGCAUGCCUUUCUUCCAUACUACUACAAUAUUCGUGGCAAAGGAAAAGAUGGAUUCACAUACGUGACUUAUAUCAAUGGAGGCCACCCGCCUUGGUCCUUAUUAGAUCACAUAAAAAAUUUAGGAUCAAAACUGCGUGAAUCCGGAGGUAUUUGCCUUUGGAUGAUGACACGACUGCGUCAGGCCUUCAGAUGGGUUUGCCAUAAAACAAAUCGUUUCAACAUUGCAAAUUAAGAUGAAGAACCUACACAUACCACACACUCAAACCAUAAAUAAAUCAUGAAUUUAUAAUUCAAAGCAUUUCAAUAUAAUGUUUGUUUUGAAUUAGAAAAAAAAAACAUAUGAAACAACGUGAGACUUUAUUUCAAAUUUAAACAAAAAGGCCAAAUUAAAAAAAGAAGAAAAACACAUCAAAAGAAAGUUCGAAACUUCUUCAACCACUCUACCAUCAGAUAAACAAUCAACAUCGAUCCUGGAGAUUUGUUUGUUAUAGUUUUUAUCAUUAUUUUAUUUUAGGUAAAAGUAUUUCCAUUUUAAGUGUCCAAUCAAUGUAAAUACCAAUAGUCCAAUCAUCCAUUUUUAAUUUAAAUUAUAUUUCAUAGGUAAACAAAAAAAUAGUUAAAAUUAUCUUUAAAAGUAAAAAUUAAAAAAAAAAAAAACAAUAAAAAGCGUGAUAAAAUGUGAAUUCUUAAGUAAAAAAUAAAAACCAAUAUAUCUCGUUGUAGGUUCAUAAAAUACAGAUACAAUUAAAAAGAAAACAAAAUGAAAUAAGAAAAAAGAAAAAAAAAACAA